AACGAGUAUUUAUCUGGGGUGGAGUGAGAGCUGUGGAGAGGUUAUGUGUCCAACUCUGCAAAGUUUGGGGUUGUGAUGUAACAUGUGUAGCUCCUCUCUACACCCAGGACUAUCUGAGAACCCUGGGAGCUUCGCAUCUUAUACCAGAUGAUAUGAAGAAUGUCAGGGAACUCAUUGCACAAGGAAACAGGUUUGAUGUUGUUGUGAACACAGGAGGAUUACUAGCAGAAGAUCUUUGUUUGUCCUUGUUAUCUAGUGAAGGACGGGUUGUAUCUACUCUCACCGCUACUCCGGGGUUACCAGAGCACGGUUUGUUUACAAGUAUACUUGCAAGACUGAUAAACUCUGCUGUUGGUUUGUUCCAACGUAAUCUAAUUGGAGAGGAGAGGGUUUGGAUUGAGACAAGGUUCAGAGGAGAGGUUCUAGAAUACAUCUCAGAUCUAGUUGACCAGGGACUAAUAGAUCCGGUUGGGGAGAGAAUAUUCAGUAUGGAUCAAGUAGAACUGGCGUUUAGAUCUCUAGCUGGAGGGGGGCACAAGGGUAAACUAGUAAUCAGGAUGGAACAAGACUCCUAUUCCUCACUCAGCAAACAAUUGCGGUUACUUUGAGCUGUACAGUGCAGUACAGUGUAUUAUAGUACAGUACAUUACAUUACAGUACAGUGCAGUAAAUUACAGUACAUUACAG